UAUAUAUAACGGCUUCGGGAAAUCACAUAUUCAACGAAUACCGUUCACACUUCCAAGAAUUUAAGUAAUAUCAAAUCUAAGUGAAAUUUAACAAGGAAUUCUAUAAAAAAUGAUUUCAUCAGUGAAAACAUUAGGCAUGCUUUUUUGCAUGUCAUUUCUAAUUCUUCAUUUAGAAGCCCAAUUUCUAGAUAACGCAGUGUCACUGGGAGGAGCCCCAGUCGGCGUUUAUUCAAGACAAGGUUUAUUUGGAGACGGCGAUAACUUAGCUUCUUUAGGUGGUGCACAGGUUGGAGUAUACCGCAGGCAACAGAACCCUGCCUUUUUAUAUCAAUUAGCUAGGAUUCCUGUUGUGAUUCCAUCACGAUUUUCCGUAGAUCGUCGACCUGUGAGACCUAGGCCACGCCCCGUAAGGCCCCGCCCUAAUUCAGUGAAACCUAGUGGCAUCUCAGGAAGAUCUGGACUUCUUGGACUUGGUCUUCUAGGAGGUCUUUUAUGAAGUGUGUGACAAAAUAAAGAAAGGUUUCGAAUUCCUCCUUCAUUCGCUUUUGCUCGAAAAAAAAUAAAAAACAAGAAAUGAUUUGAAUUUCACUGCCUUUAUAUAUUUUUUAAAAACCUAGCCUAAAAGUUAUUUGAUACUUUUUUUUCAUCAUGUUAAUAGUAAGAAACUCGUGUAAAUGA